AGCUUAUUUUGAGAUGUAGUGAAUGAAGUUACUAACUUUGCCCUUGCCAGCAUGUUUGGGUCUUCACUCCAGCCUAGAGAGGGUGGGUGUUUACUGCAGAAAGUGUCCAGGAGUGUCCGUGAAGCCUGGAGUAAUGGCACGGGGUUACAUGUAAUGGGAAAUGCAACAUCUUGCAUAUAUACAGGGGCUAAUGGGAAGAAUUUCCACUGUAACCUGCCUUUGGUUGAGAGUAACCGGAGAAGUGACGGGAUGUUGCAGUCAGGUCCUUCGUGAGAGCUUGUGGCGGUGUAAUUGUGAAGAGGCAAGCAAAGAACCUUUUAACUAGGUGCUUCCCCCUGACACAAGGAAAUCUUAAUUCCACUUCAUGGAGCCAGGGCGAGACCUGGAAGGUCUGGCCACUUGUCCUCAAGAACAAGUGAAUCAGAAGUAGGAGUACGGGGAAGAGCUGCUAAGGUGAUCAGGAGAACAGCGAGAGUGCUCAGCAGGCUGAAAAUCACGAGGUUUGUAACCUCGGGUGCUAUAACAGCCCUCAAAGUGAGAGCACUGAGGAAAGUCGUAGCAAGGUUAGGGGCAGAACCAUGUUUUAUAGUUUAUGAAAGGAUUUGUCUGGCAGCGUUGCCCGGCACUGUCAGGUUUCCUAGGAAUACUGCGUUUGGCCAGUGCAGUGUGCUGUACAUGUGGCUUGGCUGAAGUUCACAAUAACUGUCUCUAUGAGAGAUAAACCCAGACCCUGCAAGAAUCUGGUUUUGUGGAGAUUUAGAUCUGCAUCUUCAGGAAAGCAGUACAAUUGUGUAGAAAAUUAAAUACAACUGAAGUAUUUUUAUGAAAGCAGAGAAAAUGUUAAGAGGAAAUACUCCAGGGCAGAUCUCUCGGAGCUGCAGGGCUGUGAUUGAGCAAUUCCCCCAGUUACUUAGGUGAUACUUGUGUGGAAGGUGUGGUUCAGUCUGUCUGCAGUUAGCUGGAAGCUGUCUGCCUCAGCACAGAAACAACUUUUCCAUUUUCAUAAAUGGAAAGAAGUACAGUAAAUGAAAAUAAAUGAUAUUAAUGGAGUAACUUCUCUCAUAACAGAUUAUCAUGAAACUCAUUCUUAAAGAGUGCUUCGAUCAAAAAGAAAAUUAGAAAGCCCACCUGGAAUUCGUUGUGAUCAAGUACAGGGACCAAUAUGUCUUUCAGUCAAAUGACACCUCCAACAUCACAGUUGGUGGAACUCCAUGUUUUUUAUGUGCCAGAAGAAGUGUGGAACUUCAAGCUGAAUACAAUUCCUGUAGCUCUUACUAGCAAAUUCAUCUCAGCUGGAUUUAUAAGGGUGUCUCCUCACAUCACAUUAAGAGUGCUACGGGAGAAGCUUGGAGAGUACCUGGGUGGAGUUGCAGUUGCAGAUAAAUUCAAAUUUUUAAAAUGCAUUGGAAAAAAACUAGCAGUGGUGAAAGCAAAGCAAGAAACAGAACUGGAACUGAAGUCAUUUGCUCCUCCCUAUGCACUUUAUCCUGAAUUAUAUUUAUUACCUGGAGUGGAAUACUUUGAAGAUGUUUAUUCAUUGUCAUCAUCAACUCAACAAAGACAUCACUUUAAUGCAGAAGCUAAUAGGUUUAGUAAUGGGUCAAGAUUAUCCAGCCUUUCCCAGCAAAAACCUGAAGAAAAACAACGAUUUUUAGGAAGCAUACACAGCAGUCAUCAGCUAGAAAAUCAGGAAGUGCACGGUCCUGUGGAAUGGGGUGAGAAAGGACCUAUUCCAGUUUUGCACAGAAAACAUAAACAAGACCAUAACAACAGGAUUCAAGAAAAGCAGAUACAGUUUAGAGAAAAAGAUCAAAAUGGAUCAAAUGGAUCUCUCAUCACACCAGGUCAUUCAAAUCCUGCAGAUUGCGAGUCUGGAAAGAGUGGCACGGUAUUAGUGGCCGCUCAGCAAAAUCAUCUCAGCCAAGGUCAAAAACACCGUAACGCUCCUAAGUGGAAUGACAAAGCCGAAGGAGCUGCUCUUACUCUUCGUGGAAACCACAGUAAUGAACAAGGCCAGAAUAACCACACACCCCCAAAUCACAUUAAAUAUCAAAAGGAACUAACAAACAUGGAAAAUAAUGAUGACCAAGAAAAUACCAAGCUAAGAAGAGACAUAACAGAGGAUGCUGGAAUUCUUAAAGUAAGGCAAGACCAAACUACAGAAUAUGUAUGCAAAAACCAAAGCUUGCAGCAAUACAGAACUACCAAGCCUAUAGCUGAUUCUGGUGAAAAACUGGAUAAUCAGGCAGAUGAAAACAAGCAAAAUCAUCUUACUUUGUUGAAAGAAUGUAUUUCACCUCCUAGUCCACCUUUUCGGGCACUUGCUGUAAAUCCAGCUCAAGUUUCUACAAUUCAGGCAGCAAAAAACAAGUUGGUAGAACAAUUGCAACAAAUGAAGAAAGACAGAAGGCACAUGGAAAAAACUAGAGAAGAACUGAUCAGAAAAGCUAAAGGGCUACUGGAACAAAAUAAACUGAGGAGAUACCACGUUCGUGAGGAAUGGAAAAAGAAGUACUUUGAAACUAAGAAAGCUACUGUUUCACUGGAGGAUGCUUUAAACAAACUGCAACAAGAUUUAGAGCUUUACCACCAGAAAUUACUCUUGCAAUUGGAAGCCAGAGGCAGCCGAAAACAACCAAACAAUAUGAAAAACUCCAAGAAUUACAUAGUCAUCCGGAUUGCUACAGUGCAACAUGAACUCGAUCAACUGAGGAGGAAGCUGGAUGAUACAAAAAUGAAACUUGUAAUAGAAAUUAAGAUGAGAAAGCAGGCAACCUCUGACUUACGAGCACUGAGAGCAGAACUGACACAGAAGAAGAUUCAUUCAGCUGUAAUUCUCCAGUCCAGAAAAUCAGGAGUUUAAGAGGAUGACAUGAUGUUAACAUCUCUAAAGUCUACAGAAGUUCUGUAAUGUAUACAGAAGCUCAGAAUUUCAAAGCAUUUGUUUGUACAUUCUCAAAGUUAUCUUGUAAAAAAACAUUAACUAUAUAAACGUGGAAUUUGUAUACCAGGCUACUGAGGUACUGCAGCUCACUUCUUUUUAAAUCUCACUCUUACUAUAAGAUUAGUCAGCUACUUAAACAUACAGUUUAACCUAAUACCAUGUCUAAAACAAAGCUAACUUCUUUUAAAAGUGCAAUUUAGUGAACUGUGUAACAUCACAUUGGUAUGUUGAUGUUCUUUCAUUAACAAAUAAACCUGUCAUCUCUAACCUCCUGUUCUUAUUUUCAGGUGCACACAUAAAAUUUUUGGAUAAUUAUUAAAAUGCAUUUUCUGUAGAACUACAGCAACGGUAAUCCUUCAUUUAGCUAUUUACUGAAAUAUAUUUUAGUCAUUAUAAUUAUGCCUAUCUAUAAAUCACCAAUGUAGUAUUACCAUAUUAUGAAGUAUGAACAAAAUCUCAGAUAACCUCACCUUAUUUAUAUCUAGGUGGUUUUGUUCCCUCUUAUAAUAGAAAAGCCACAUGGAUGUUAACAUUCUUCUGUAGUUAAUGGAAGAAGUGAGCUUUGUCUUGGACAAGCUGCAGUGAUGAUCCUAGUCCUACUUAAACUAUUGUACAGUCUAUUUUUCUUUAAGUUCAAGCUCAUGCAUGUGCUUAGAUAACAAUUCCCUGAAAGAGUAAUCAGAAACUUCUUGAUAGUGGUUUUUUU